GCGGAUUUGGUCAAAGGCGUGCCGGGGUGACCAACCUCCUCCUCGAGGAGCGACGCGCACCUGGCGAAGACGCACAUGUACCUACCGACGACCUUGAAGUUGCACAUCCGCCUCUACGACGGCCCGCAGACGUUCGUCAUCAGACCCGCGCGGUCGCUAUACUGUCUCGUCCGGAACCUGCGCAGGGAAGGCGUCGAGCGCGGUCGACUAGAGCAAGAUGCUGCUUUCGCAGCGCAAGCUCAACCAUCCCGCUCUUCCAUGGUCGUCAAUUUAUCUCGUCAAAAUGAGCCGGCCAUCGCCAUCACUGGACUGAUUCCGCCGACCGUCCAAAUAGUCACCGCCAGCGCUGCCCGCUACGCCGGCUUCCAUGUCGAGCUCGCUGGUGGCGGUUACUUCACCCUCGGCAUGCUUCGCACCAAGGUUGCGGAUCUUCGGGAGCGCGUCACCGUCAGCGCACUCUACAUCCUUCCCGCGCGGCUCAUCUUCCAGCUCUCGCUCUGGUCGGAGGUGCGACGUGAGGGUCCGCCGAUCGAGGGCUUUCAUGCUGCUGCCGAUGUUUCGAGCGUCGAGAAGGCCGCGAAGAUCCUCAGCUUGCCGCAGGUCUUCAGCAUUGAGCACGUCUCGUUCGAGGCCGGCUUCAUUCAACACACCCGCCAAGUCAUCACUAUCACCGCCGCGGACUCUUGA